GCGCUGGGGGCGCUCUGCUACGCCGAGCUGGGCGUGGCGCUGCCGCGGCCCGGCGGCGACUACGCCUACGUGGGCCGCGCCUUCGGCCCGCUCCCGGGAUUCCUGCGCCUCUGGAUCUCGGUGCUGGUGAUUUACCCGACCAACCAGGCCGUCAUCGCCCUGACCUUCGCCAACUACGUCCUGCAGCCGCUCUUCCCCACCUGCGGCACCCCCGAGCCCGCCCUGCGCCUCCUGGCCGCCGCCUGCCUGCUGCUGCUGACGUGGGUGAACUGCGGCAGCGUGCGCUGGGCCACGCGUGUGCAGGACGUGUUCACGGCGGGGAAGCUCCUGGCCCUGGCGCUGAUCGUGGGCGCCGGCGGCGUCCUCAUCGCCCGCGGUGAGAAAACGGGGGGAAAAACGGGGAUUUUGGGCAAAAACGGGGGAAUGGGCCCCACCUGAUCGUGUUGUGCUGCUAUUUCGGGCUGGAUUUUGGGGUGAAUUUUCUCAUUUUUGGGUUUUUUCCCCUCGCCUGGCAGGAACCUGCCCCUGGCCAUCGCCAUCUCCAUCCCCUUGGUCACCUUCCUGUACGUGGCGGCCAACGUGGCGUACCUGGCGGCGCUGAGCCCGCGCCAGAUCCUGCAGAGCCGCGCCGUGGCCGUGACUUUUGGGGAGAAGGUUUUGGGUCCCCUGGCCUGGGUGAUGCCUCUGGCCGUGGCUCUGUCCACCUUCGGCGGCGUCAACGGCUCCCUCUUCACCUGCUCCAGGCUGUUCUACGCCGGCGCCCGGGAGGGGCAGCUGCCGGCGCUGCUGGCCAUGAUCCACGUGCGGCGCCACACGCCCGUGCCCGCCCUGCUGCUCACCUGCGUCUCCACGCUGCUGAUGCUGGCCACGGGCGACGUCUACACGCUGAUUAAUUACGUCGGCUUCGUUAAUUACCUCUGGUACGGCGUCACCGUGGCCGGGCUGCUGCUGCUGCGCCGCCGGGAGCCGCGCCUGCCCCGCCCCAUCAAGGUGCCGCUGCUGAUCCCGGCGCUCUACCUGCUCUUUUGGGGGGCCCUGCUGCUCUUCUCGGUGUGGACGGAGCCGCUGGUCUGCGGCAUCGGCCUGGCCGUCACCGCCACCGGCGCCCCCGUCUACCUGCUCUGCCUGCGGGGGGGGCCCCGGCCGCCGGCCCUGCGCCGCGCCCUCGGCCGGCUGACCCUGUUCGGACAGCGCCUCCUGCUGGUCGUGCACCCGGGCGGGGGGGGAGGGGCGCCGGCCAGCCCCUCCCCCACCCCCCUCAAAGGCCCCUCCCCCCCCGGCGAGGACCCCCAGGCCCCCCUGACCCGCCCCUCCCCCACCUCGUGA